CCGCUCUAUCCGGCUUUGCUAGGGGAGGUGAGUCCGGCCGCGGCGGCACCGGCGGCUGAGGAGGCGGCGGCUGAGGAGAAAGCGGCCGGCAGCGACUGAGGAGAAAGCGGCCGCGGGGACGGGAAGCCGGGUGGGGGGGAGGGGGGGGAGACGGAGCAGCCUUGAGCCCUGCGGGGGCCGUCGCGCGGGGGGACCCACCCGCUCUCCCCCCCAACCCUCCUCAGCAGAAGGAGCCGGCGGCGGGGGCAGGAGUCAGCCCGCUUCCGACUGCACCCCGCCCGCCUCCCGGGGCUCCUAUUCUUUGGCCCCGGGACCCUAACCUCAUCCCGGGGCGGUUCCCUCUGUCUGGGCGUCCGAGUGCUGCCCACCUCUCUUUCAUUCCUCCCUGCACCUCCUUACCUUCACUUUGCCCCGGUUCUCUUUCUCCUCUCCGUCCUGCCCUGUCGCCUCCUCGGCUCACCCUAUCCCUCCUGCCUCUUUCCCUGGCUCUUUUCUGUUCUGGAAAGUUUAGUACCCCCCUCCAAUCAGGUCAACCUGACUAGGAGUAGGGGGAGAUGUAGGAAGGCCUGAGAGUUCGAGGGGGGGAAGCUGGUUUCCCUGAAAAUUUCCCCCCAUCUUUUGAAUUUGGGGUGGUUGGAAUUUUUUUAAAUUGUAUUUUUGAGGAGGUGGUAGGUGUUUAGAAAAGGAUGUGGGAAUGGAAGGGGUAGAUGAGUCAACCCUCUUACAAGAUUCCAAGGGUGGCGUGUUACCUGAUCCUUUUCGUGUGUGGAGUUCAGGGGGUCGGGAGGUUUGGCCUUUAUUCCCACAUUCAAAGUUGGAACCUCCCCCCAAUUAAGGAUGGAGUUUUAGUACCCACUUGUGGCAGGAAACCUGGGGGGAAGGGGUCCCUUUUUCCUUUUUCUUUUCUUUUUCUUUUUCCUUUUCUUUUCUUUUUUUGGCAGUCCACACCCUUCCACACACGCUCACCCCAAAACUAAACACCAAGAUCCUCUAACUUGUUUGGAUUGACUGAUGAAGACAUAAAGCCAGUUACGCUCCAUGUUUUUUGAGGUGGAGUGAGUGGUUUUUCUUCACUUUUAAAUGGCCAAAUGACAGCUUGACCCAGUUUGCUUUCCAAUCAAAGGGCAUUUUUUUUGAAUGUCUCUUUGUGGCGCAAGAGCCAACGCAAAAAUGAUGGCGGCUUACAAUGGCGGUACAUCUGCAGCAGCAGCAGGUCACCACCACCACCAUCACCACCACCUUCCACACCUCCCUCCUCCUCACCUUCACCACCACCACCACCCUCAACACCAUCUUCAUCCGGGGUCGGCUGCCGCUGUACACCCUGUACAGCAGCAUACCUCUUCGGCAGCUGCGGCAGCCGCAGCGGCGGCCGCAGCUGCAGCCAUGUUAAACCCUGGGCAACAACAGCCAUAUUUCCCAUCACCCGCACCGGGUCAGGCUCCUGGACCAGCUGCAGCAGCCCCAGCUCAGGUACAGGCUGCCGCAGCUGCUACAGUUAAGGCGCACCACCAUCAACACUCGCAUCAUCCACAACAGCAGCUGGAUAUUGAGCCGGAUAGACCUAUCGGAUAUGGAGCCUUUGGUGUUGUCUGGUCAGUAACAGAUCCAAGAGAUGGAAAGAGAGUAGCACUCAAAAAGAUGCCCAACGUCUUCCAGAAUCUGGUCUCUUGCAAAAGGGUCUUCCGGGAAUUGAAGAUGUUGUGUUUUUUUAAACAUGAUAAUGUACUCUCUGCCCUUGACAUACUCCAACCUCCACACAUUGACUAUUUUGAAGAAAUAUAUGUUGUCACAGAAUUGAUGCAGAGUGACCUACAUAAAAUUAUCGUCUCUCCUCAACCACUCAGCUCAGAUCAUGUCAAAGUUUUUCUUUAUCAGAUUUUGCGAGGUUUGAAAUAUCUCCAUUCAGCUGGCAUUUUACAUCGAGACAUUAAGCCAGGGAAUCUCCUUGUGAACAGCAACUGUGUUCUAAAGAUUUGUGAUUUUGGAUUGGCCAGAGUGGAGGAAUUAGAUGAAUCCCGUCAUAUGACUCAGGAAGUUGUCACUCAGUAUUAUCGGGCUCCGGAAAUCCUGAUGGGCAGUCGUCAUUACAGCAAUGCUAUUGACAUCUGGUCUGUCGGAUGUAUCUUUGCAGAACUACUAGGACGAAGAAUACUGUUUCAGGCACAAAGUCCAAUUCAGCAGCUGGAUUUGAUCACGGAUCUUUUGGGCACACCAUCGCUGGAAGCAAUGAGGACGGCUUGUGAAGGCGCUAAGGCGCACAUACUCAGGGGCCCUCAUAAACAGCCAUCUCUUCCUGUACUUUAUACCCUGUCUAGCCAGGCUACACAUGAAGCUGUUCAUCUCCUUUGCAGGAUGUUGGUCUUUGAUCCAUCCAAAAGAAUAUCCGCUAAGGAUGCCUUAGCCCACCCCUACCUAGAUGAAGGGCGACUACGAUAUCACACGUGUAUGUGUAAAUGUUGCUUUUCCACCUCUACUGGAAGAGUUUAUACCAGUGACUUUGAGCCCAUCACCAAUCCCAAAUUUGAUGACACUUUUGAGAAGAACCUCAGUUCUGUUCGACAGGUUAAAGAAAUUAUUCACCAGUUCAUUUUGGAACAGCAGAAAGGAAACAGAGUGCCUCUCUGCAUCAACCCGCAGUCUGCUGCUUUUAAGAGCUUUAUUAGUUCCACUGUUGCCCAGCCAUCUGAGAUGCCCCCAUCUCCUCUGGUGUGGGAGUGACGGUGGACGAUAUUGUACUACUGAAGAUGUAAUGUAGCUUUCCACUGGAGUCUGGGAUUUGCAAUUCUGGAGGUUAAUCAUGCUUGUACUGUAAUUUUACUAAUGAAGUUUUAAAUUAACAACCACUACUUGUAUGAUAUGAAUAAUAUUUAGAAAUGUUACUAGACUUUUAAUCUUGUAAAGUGGUUGUGCUUUUAGAAGAAAAAUAUUUUACCCAGAGUUGCACAUGUUUUAUGAAUUUAGUGCAGCUGUUAUGGCUCACCUCAGAACAAAAAAGAAUUGAACCAAAUCGGGAUUUGGGGGUUUUGUGUUUUUGUUUUGUUUUCUUUUUCUUUUUUUAAAAUGAAGUGAGAUUGUUCACACACACACACACACACACACACGGACAGUCGUACAUUUUGAUAUUUGAGCCAUUCCUGAAAAUUUGGGGUUUUCUAAAACAAAAGAAUCUAGAAACCUUGCCUGCGACCAAUCAUGGAGCCACAUGAGGGGAUCGUGGCUGCACCUGGGGGGUGGGGGUGGGGCAUGCCACCUAAUGAUCAAGCCCUAUAAUUAGCUUCUCAUUAGAGCUGUGACGGUGAUGUGUGCUGUCUAAAAUCCAAUGUUGUGGGUAGAGAGAAUGAGUUUGUGACUAGGAGAGACUAAACUUCUGUUUUCCUUACCCAGUAUAAAUAUAUAUAUAUAUAUUUAAUCUAUUUUUAUUAGAAGUUUUUCUGCUCUUUCUUACAUAAAAGAACCCCCCAAGCAUGCAUCUUUCAUGUGUGUAAAUAAUUCAUUUCUGGGCUAAUUUCAAAAGAAUCCCAAUAUUGCUGUAUAGAGAGAGAACUAGCUUGCACAUUUUAGGUCUGUGAAAUUUUGUGAGACUUUUCCUGCACUGGACAGUAAAAAAAAUAAAUAAAUAAAGACAAAAACAAAUUUUUAAAAACUUUAAAGCCACAAAAAAAGGCACAUAGGGAAUUAUGUCAAAUGUGUUUGUGUCCUUAGGCAAAGCUGUGGGAGUCUUGAAAUGUCACAGUAGUAAAUAACUUAUUACUUUUUGACAAAUUCUUUUUUCUGUUGGAACACUGAAUUCUUCUGUGCAUAUGUAUAUAUGAAUACAAAUUGAAGGCCUCUACCUCCUGGAGUUAUACAACUUGGCUUGUUUACCUCCACAUGCUGAUGAUGACUAUUUUUUUUUUUUAAGUUCAAUGUGGAGACUUGAAACUUGAAUGUCCCUUCCAACUUUUAUAUUAAAAAUAAAAAGACAAGAAAAUUGAAGAUCGUUUUUCACCUGUACAAGGAAUACUAAUGGAUCGUCUUAAAAUUGGUCUAGGAAAAAACCUUGGUGUGUGUUAUGGACAAUUAACUGUUAAAGUUAUUGUAAGUUAUCUGUAUUUAGCAGAGUAUUUUCAUCUUGAGUGAUCUGAGCUGAAUUUGAAGACUAUUAAUAAGUUAUGUUUGGAAGUUUUAACUUCAAUGAAGUAAUUAUUUGCUGUGAAAGAAACAAACAUUGAAUUACUAAACAAAGAUGGUGCAAUAUCUUUGUUUUUUUUUUAUGAGGCUCCUGAGAAUCAACCCAACUGAAGCAUUUCAAUUCACUUGAAUGAGAAACGUGUUUAGUAUCAAAAGAGCCCAAGAAGACACUGGUGUGAAAGGUACAAUCUCAGAGGUUGGUCAAUUACCGUGGCACACUUACUGGUCACUUUGUACAAUGUAGAUUUGAAGUACAGUGGUGAAAACAUUAAAUGUGACAUUUGAAAAAGAUGUGUCAUCUGUUUUCUUUAAAUUCUUUUCCUUUGUUUUCUCUUCAGCACAGCUUUUAUUCCUGAUUUUGCAGUUUUAAGACAUUUCCUAUUUAUAUUUUUAUUUUGAUCUUUGAGGAAAUUAGUUGUGGUUUUUAAAAUUCUUCCCAGAAACUUUACAUUGCCAAAAAUAUAUCAAAAACUUAGUUAAGUAAUAUUAAAGAUAUUGUGAGUCAAAUAUAUAUAAUUUGAAAGUCUUCCCAGACCUUAGUGUGUCUAAUCCAAUGGUUUUCAAGCUUUUUUUUGAGCAAAGAACCUUAUUUUCAUGUGAGAUUAAAUUUCAAUACACUGGAGCCCAAAACAUUAAAUAAAUAAACUGGAUGAAACAGACUGCCAAGGACUUGACCUCACCCUUCUUUUCCUUUCUGCCUCCUACCCCUGGCAGCCCAAAGGUAAUUCCAGCGAAGGAAGAAGUCCCAGCUGGGGUGCCUGGGGCUUAGUCAGCUGAGCAUCUGCCUUCAGCUCAGGUCAUGAUCCCAGGGUCCUGGGAUCGAGUCCUGCAUCGGGCUCCCUGCUCAGCAGGGAGUCUGCUUCUCCCUCUCCCUCUGCUGCUCCUCCUGCUUGUGGGGGUGGUGGGGAGAAGUCCCAGCUGGAUGGUGGUAUAAUUACGACCUGACACCAGACUGCCUAACUUCAGAAUACCUUCCCUGUGGUGGAUAAGGCAACAUGACUCUUGAGUUUGUAGAUGGUAUGUAUUUCCCCUGUCCUUCCUUGAUUUAGCAAAAUGAAUGGAUUUUUUUCCUGACAUGGAGGGAAUUGGCUGUUCUAACUCAUAUAAAUUAAUACACAUACACAAAGUAGUUUGUUCAUCCAAUAAACUUUUGAAUACCUACUGAGUGCAAGAAUUACUUAUAAGGACACCUUGUUAAUAUCAAUAGUACUUGAAUAAAAAAACUAGUUUUCAUCACUUACAAGAGAAUUAUAAAUUGCACAACAAAUUUUUUUUUUUUUAAGAUUUUAUUUAUUUGACAGAGACAUAGCAAGAGAGGGAACACAGCAAGGGGGAGCCCGAUGUGGGGCUCGAUCCCAGGACCCUGGGAUCAUGACCUGAGUGGAAGGCAGAUGCUUAACGACUGAGUCACCCAGGCGCCUCUACAACAAAUUCUUCACUGAUAAAUACUAGAGAAAAUAUAUUGACCUAUUCCCACUGAAACCUGCUCAGCUAACCAAGGGAUGUAUGCCUCGUUUUUUGUUUUUUGGGGUUUUUUAAUUGUUGAUAAUUGCAAAAAUGUGGAAUUUCUACAGCCAGUGGAAUCAGUAUGGACCGGUAAGUCAGGGCUCUCAUCAGCUGCAAUUUGUUUGCACUUUAGGUAUAAGGACCCAGAAGAUGGAGGGUAGUGUCUUGUGAUAGUUCAUAAGGUUUGGAAUUUUUAUUUUGUUUUUCUUCUAUGGUAUAUCAUUUAAAAUACUACUCUUAAAGAACAGAAUAUGACAUUUGCAUGAAAUUUGAAAUAAAGGCCACUUUGGGGGAGCUGUUUCCUACUAUGCUCUCAGGAACGUCUAAACAGCAUGGAUAGUAAAUGAGAACUUUGAGGCUCCUUUUCUUCCUUAAAUGGUCUUUCCUUGGCUUCCAUAACACCACUGUUUUUCUCCCUUCUUAGGGGCCACAGUCUCCUAUACAGGCUCCUUCCUCUGCUUAAUCUUCACAAUGUUGUGUUCCCUGGGAGCUAGGGAUCAAUCCUGAAUCCUGGCUUCUCUUCAUGCUCUAAAGCCACAGGUUCUUGACUUGGCUUCUUGGUAGAAUCACCUGGAGAACUAUCAGGAAUUCCAGUGCAUAGGCUGCACCUCAGACCAGUUAAAUCAGAAUCUCUCUGGAGACAGAUCAGGCAUCAGUUUUGUGUUGUCUUUUUUUUGGUUUUUAAGAUCUCCAGUUGAUUCCAAUGUCCAGCUAAGAUUGCGAUUCACUGUUGGCUACUCUCAUCUUGUGACCUCAUCUGCCCUCAGUGAGCAUAAGAGAAUGAACCCAAAUCUCUUACUAUAUACCCAGAUUUUUCUGCUAGGUGCCUAUUAGAAAUUUCCACUUGGUUAUCUUAUAGGCAUCUCAGACAUGUCAAAAACUGAAAUUAAUAAUGUUUCCCACACAACUUUAUUAUUAAAUCCUUCUCACUUUUCCAUACUGGUUCUUUUUUCCCCCUUCCCAGACUAGGGCCAUCCUUAGCAUAUAAUGAGUAAUUGUGGAAGAGAAAAGAAUUGUAUGUUUGGGGGCAAGAGGGACAGAGUUGGGAGUUGGCCCAGGCUAUAGCACCCUCUCUUCACAGUAGGUUAGGACCUGUGCCAGAGUGGUACUCUUGGCACCAUGGCACCAGGUUUUCCUUUUUUGGCAGGGGAGGUGCAAGAGAAUGGUUCAGGCUACAGUGUUCCAUCUGCUCCCUUCCCCUAAAUCCUGGGCCAGGGCUUCACCAUCCACCCCGUUACUUAAGCCAGAAAUCAGAGUCCUCCUCACUCCCAUCUUCACUCCAGAAUUCAUGCACAUUUUUCAUUCCAUUCUUUAAUAUUCUUUUAUCUUAAUGUUCUAAAUUACGUGCCAUAAAAGAAAAAUAAAACUUUCCCAGUUGAUGAGUUAGAUGGCUAUUGAAUCUUGUUUUCCAUUUUGGAAAUCAGGGCUGAAUUGGAAGAGACUGCUACUACUUGCUGAACUUAACAUCUGGUUUCUCGUCUCUCAAGAUUAAAAUAUUUUGAGAAUCAAACCCAUAAGUGAUGACAUUUUGCCUACACAUUUUUUAUAUAUGUGUCAGGUGUACAGCUCUAUAAUUCAACAUCUGUAUACACUACAAAGUGAUCACCAGCAAAAGUGAAGUUACCAUCCAUCACCGUACAGUUGCCCCACUUCACGCAUUUCACCCACCCCCUAACCAUUAGUGUGUUCCCUGUAUGUUUUUGUUUUGUUGUUUUUAGACUCCACAUGAGUGAAAUUAUAUGGCAUUUGUCUUCAUCGGACUUACUUUGCUUAGCGUAAUACAUUCAAGGUCUAUCCAUGUCACAAAUUGCAAGAUUUCAUUCUUUUUUAUGGCUGAGUAGUAUUCCAUUGUAUAAAUAUACCACAUCAUCUUGAUCCAUCUAUCUGUGGACACUUAGGUUGUUUCUAUAUCUUGGCUAUUGUAAAUAAUGCUGCAAUGAACAUAGGAGUGCAUAUAUCUUUUCAAAUUAGUGUUUUCGCAUUUGUCAGAUAAAUACCUAGAAGUGGAAACCUGGGUCAUGUGGUAGUUCUUAAUUUUUUGAGGACUCUCCAUAGUAUUUUCAAUAGUAGUUGCACAAAUUUACAAUCCCACCAAAAAUGUACAAGGGUUUCCUUUUCCCCACAUCCAUUCCAACACUUAUUUCUGGAUUUUUGUUUUAAUAAUAGCCAUUCUAAUAGAUGUGAGGUGAUACCUCAUUGUGGUUUUGAUUUGCAUUUCCCUAAUAAUUACUGAUGUUGAACAACUUUUCAUGUGCCUUUCAGAUCCUCUGCCAAUUUUUUAAUUGCAUUGUUUUUCUGUUGAGU